AUGAGUUUGACAUCACCACCGCAACCGACAGGGGGCAUGGUGGCCAUGGACAAGUCGCCGUCAUCUGGUGGGUCUGCAUCGUCUCCAAUGCCAUCCGCCAUGUCGCCAUCGCAACUCAGACUUGAACUCGAGCAACAACUGGCUGAAAAGGAAAACCAGCUGCAGGAAUCACGCAGCGGGAUUGAAAAAAACGUGCUUGUCAGACAAAUCAGUCAACUUCAAGGAAAGUUGCGGGACACGCCAGCACCGGUGUCGCCGCAAAAAUCUUCAGAUUCGGUAUCAUCGGUCACUUCGGAAAAACUGCGCAAUUUGGAACGCGAUCUGACCGCUUACAGAGGCAAUUCACUGUCAUCGAAUAUUCCAGGGUUACGCAAAGAAAAGCUGCUUGGUCAACGACCCAAUGGUGUCGACCAGGUGCCCAGUCCAACGUCUUCUACGUACAUGGAGACCGGAAAUGAUACAUCCACGUCAUUGUUACCGUUACCACCGCCCCCCACCGGAUCCACACCCACCAAGCGACGGUCCAAAGUGCCCAAUACCGAUCGUCGUAACACCGAUAUUGAAUUUGCCACGGAGAUUGGCCAGGGCCUGCUAAUUGAAGUACGCAAAAUGCACGCCUUGCUGCAAGAAAAGGAAGAACAUUUGAGAGCCAUCGAGAUUCAAAAGGCCGACCUCGAGCGCGCAGCAGAAGCCAUGGCCAAACAAUUGCGACUAAAAGAAGAAAAUGAAGAGAGACUCAAAGAAGAUACGUGGAACCUUGAACUGGCGAAUCAGGAAUUAAGCGUAACAGUCUCUAAUUUGCAGCAGAGUCUUGAUAAAUCCAAUAUCGAGCAGCAUAAACUGGAAAGACAACUGAAUCGUUUAACGUACGAUAUUGAACAGCUCAAGGAUCGGGAAGAGAAACUGGCUGCCACGAUGGAUAAUAUGAAGACGCGUCAUGAGCAUGAUAUGUCGGUGAUUCGGCGCCAUUCCGCCGGACUUCAACGGGAAAAGACCGAUUUGGAAAAACAAAUUGAAGCGCUGAAUUCCGAGUUGGCCAUUGCUAAAGCGCAAUCCCGUAUUGCAAGGUAUAGCCACUCGGAUCUCAAACCAUCGUUGAGUGCGGAAACCUCGGAUGAACAAAAUCAAGAUGCAGCGAUCUCGGUCAAAGAAGGCAAUUCACCCGGCACCACCCCGCCGCCUUCGCCGAAACAGACGCCAGCACGCAAUCAAGCGUUGGAAGUCGAAACGUUAAAGACGAGCCUGGCCCAUGCUCAUCGAAUGGUUUCGAACUUGCGUUCCAAUCUCCACAGGGAAAAGCAAGAAAAGUUUGAAUUGAAGAAACUGUUGGCCGAUUCCCAGGAACACAUUGAACAGUUGCAGAACGAUCCGGAAAUGUGGGUCGAUGCACGUCACAGUCGAUGCACGGUGGGCAACGUCCAAAACAGCACAUCCACUUCCUCGCGACGAUCACGCAAGUCGAAACCACGUACGCUAACUCGCGGUAAACCGCCCCGCGUAUCCAAUCGACGACGCACCAGUCAAGGGACCAUUGACAGUCUUCCCGGUGUCGACGACAGUGUCAAAGCCGUGGAUGAUCACCACGCAGAUUUUUACUCCUUGAGCAGCUCCGAUGACGAAAGCGACACGCAAACAGACGUGGAAAUGGAAAAGCCACGAUCCACGCCUUUGAGAAAGAUUGGAUCGUCGGCCUCUUUGGGAUUUACUUCGCUGUCUUCAGAAUUGUCGCAAAGUCAAAUUAAAUCAUUGACUGGAGUCGAUGCACAAGUAAACACCGAUCCCGUCAAUGUGACCAGUAUUCCUGCGAUUGUGAUCUAUAACGAUGAUGAUGAGGACAACGACGACAAAGAUAAAGACAAUGAUCCACUUACGGAAUCUUUCCGUUCUCUCGGAGAUGAACUUCAUUCGGCGUUUUCCGUUCAUGAAAGUCCAGAUGCAGCCGCAGCAACCCAUACAGCUCCAUCAUGUACAUCGGUGCAAGACGAAAAAGCUGCAGGAGAUCCCAGUCCAACCAUCCCAAAACAACCCAACAACUCCGAUGCAAUCACUUCACCUAACCCACCACCGUCUCCAUCACCUGUUCUACAAAUAUAUCAUAUUCCAUCUUUUGAUAUCUCACCUUUGAUUUAUUCAAGUAGUGAACGGCCGUCAUCCCAGAGUCCGCCCAUCGGACCGGAGCUGUCUGGAGGAAGUUUGGACAGCAGCCGUCAUGAUCGAUCCGUUCAAUGCACCAUGACGGAUAUUAUUACCGACGGAUCCGCUUCUGCAAUCGAUAUCGCCACCCAAACAGAUAGAUUAGACCUCCAAGAUCAUACCAUACCACCUUUAUUACCUCCAGUUCAAAUCACUGACUCUCCUACAAGGGACCAUCCUUCUGAACCAAUUGACCACGAGAAUUCUUCGCCAACCGCUGCUCUCGACCCAUAUGGUUCCAAAGAAAUUGGCAAUAAUUCAUCCAUCGUUUCAACUCCGGCUACAGACGAGGGAAUGACAGCGAAACCUUCCCCCGCCUGCGGCGCUAAUGAUGCAAAAGAGAGCACUUUGCAUGACGAUAUACCCAAGCACGGCGAUAACAAGGAAGAUCCAUCAUCGACCAAUGAUGAAACUGGCAAGGAUGCUCCAAAGAAUUCGAUAUCCUCUCCAGCGCCUGAUGGACCCAGGGACCCUUCGGAAAUGAUCUCGAUAGAUGAAGCCAAUGCCAUGGUAAAGGCGGCGGUGGCAGCGGCGGUGGCAGCAGCGAUAGCUGACAUGCAAAAGACCGAAGUGCAAAAAGAGGCUCAGUCAACCAAGAAAGAAGGGCAAAACGAUGGUUAUACCUCGGAUACCAAGCGACAUACGUGUGAUAUGAGCACAAAUUUGACCCAGCCUGAUACUUGUUCGCAAAGAAGCAUUUCACCCAAGAAUUCCACACGCGGGAUCCGAGGUUCCCCCAGUUUGGCCGAUCUAGCGUAUCGUAACGCCACCAAGGACGAAACCGCGGCCCGUACGAGACUCGGUACGCCACCUCCUCGUCCAGAAAGUCCUCCGCCACCGUCUCUACUUUCCAAAGCGCGGCUCGCCCGAACUAGAAGUAUCGACUCUAAUCAAAGCAAGCGUGACAAGGGCAAAGCGCCCGCUACAGAUGACACUGGUGAAUCGUCCUCAUCUGACCAGUACGGUGUAGCGUAUGUGCAUCCGCGCGAUAUCAUCUACCCGUCCAAACCGCCCGAUGCUCCUCAACCGCCAUACCAAGCUUCCACCACGACGGCAACAGAUCGAUGCAGUUCGGUCACUUCAGCCCGUUCGACAAUUUCACGAGUCCCCGAAACCAAUGCCUCGUACUCCAAAGCCAUCUCCACGGUGACCGAGACCAUGAUUGGUGGAUGGUUGUGGAAAUAUACCCGAAAGCCGAUUGGCCAAAACUUUUCCGACUACCGUCACCAACGCUACUUCUGGAUCCACCCUUACACGCGUGUCCUCUAUUGGAGUACUCGAGCUCCUGGCACUACGCACGAUGAAGCUAAAGCUAAAAGCGCAUUUAUUCAGAGCGCAGUAGAGAUCGCCGAUUAUACCCCGGGUCCUCCUGGGUUACCUAAAGUGAGCCUGCUUAUCAAAACACAUAAUCGAGCUAUCAAAGUGACCGCACCCAAUAUGGCCAGCCACCGCAUCUGGUUGGAGCUGAUUCUUUGUCGUAUCUGGUAG